CAUAAUUAUGACACACACACGCAUUUUACUGUUCUACAGUAGCUGCCUCAUCGUUUUGGCCUAUGCUCGAACAGAAUUACUAUUCGAUCAGGAAAAUCGAAAAGAUUUAAAUGUUUGCAAAACAAAAGUAACAUAUCCCGUGACAGUAAUAACCACAGAAUUACAAAAUUAUCAAGUACGAACGAAUAAUUGGUGUUUCAAUGUACCGCCACGAUGCUCAUCAUACAAACUACAAACGCGAGUGGUAAAUAAAACCACGACAUUGAUGAAAGAACGAUUUGAUAUCGAUUGUUGUGAGGGAUAUAUGCGUAACCCCGUGGAUGACACCUGCAUACCCAAAUGUGAUGAGAAAUGUGUUCAUGGUGUUUGUGUGGCGCCCAAUAAAUGCAAAUGUGAACAUGGUUAUGGUGGACCGGCCUGUGAUAUAAAUUGCCCAACUGGCUAUUGGGGUCGUGACUGUAAAAAACAAUGUGAUUGCUUUAAUAAUGCCACAUGUGAACCAUAUACCGGUGCCUGCCAGUGUGACAAGGGUUACACGGGCGAAAAAUGUCAAGAUACCUGUCCCCUGGGUUAUUAUGGUGCUGAAUGUUUAGAGGAGUGUCGUUGUGAAAACGGUGGUUCAUGUCAUCAUGUUUCGGGUGAAUGUAUAUGUGCUCCAGGUUUUACCGGACCAUUAUGUGAAGAUCAGUGUCCGGAUGGUAAACAUGGUGCCCAGUGUAAACAGGAUUGUCGUUGCCAAAACGACGGUAAAUGUGAUCCUCAAAAUGGUGAAUGUAUGUGCCCACCCGGCUGGACAGGAGAUGUCUGUGCCAAUAAAUGCCCCACCGGCAGCUAUGGACCAAAUUGUGAACAACCCUGUGAAUGUUUUAAGGGUGCUCCGUGUCAUCACAUUACCGGCAAAUGUGAAUGUCCUCCUGGCUAUAUGGGUGAUCGUUGUUUCGAUGAAUGCCCCUCGAAUACUUAUGGACUCAAUUGUACGGAAGAAUGUCAAUGUCUAAAUGAUGCCACCUGUGAUAAGGCAACUGGUAUGUGUCAAUGUCGUCCCGGUUGGACGGGUGAUGAUUGUGGUACCCGCAUAUGCCCGGACAAUGAAUAUGGCAUCAAUUGUACCAAAUCAUGUGAAUGUGAAAUGCAAUAUACCGAGCUGUGUCAUCCGGAAACGGGGAAAUGUCUUUGCCAAGUUGGCUGGAGUGGCACUUUGUGUAAUAGACCAUGUCCCUUCCUCAAGUAUGGACCAAAUUGUGAACUAAAUUGCAAUUGUAAAAAUAAUGCCAAAUGUAAUCCCAUGAAUGGCACCUGCAUUUGUGCUCCCGGCUAUAAGGGUGAAACCUGCGAAGAGGUCUGCGACGAAGGUUACUACGGCCAGGAUUGUGCCCUUAAAUGUGACUGUCAAAAUGGUGCAAAAUGUGCCCCCGAAACGGGCCAGUGUUUCUGUACCCCCGGAUGGAAAAAUCUCAAAUGUGAUCGUCCCUGUGAUUCGAAUCAUUAUGGCCAGGAUUGCAUUAGUGUGUGUGAGUGUAAAAAUAAUGCCGCCUGCAAUCCCACCGAUGGUAAAUGUACCUGUCCGGCUGGCUUCAAGGGUGCCAAGUGUGAGCAGAAAUGUGAUUUUGGCACUUUCGGCCAGGACUGUGCCCAGCAGUGUGAAUGUGACUUCAACAAUACAAUUGCCUGUGAAAGUUCCGAUGGCAAAUGUAUAUGCAAACAGGGAUGGGGAGGCGUUCAUUGUGAGACAAAUUGUAAACCAGGUUAUUAUGGUGAAAAUUGUGAUCAAGUUUGCAGAUGUAAAAAUAACUCUUCGUGUGAUCCCGAUUCGGGACGUUGUAUAUGUUCGGCCGGCUGGACCGGUGAAGAUUGUUCGCAGCCCUGCGAAGAGGGUUUCUAUGGCAAUGGCUGCAAGGAGAAAUGUCCAACUAUUGUGCAUGGCAAUAAAAGCUGCGAUCAUAUAACUGGUGAAAUACGUUGUCGUGAUGGUUAUAUUGGCCUGACAUGUGAACACCCCUGUCCGACGGGUUAUUAUGGUCCUGGAUGUACGAAAAAAUGUAAUUGUUAUCAUGGUGGAGAAUGUAAUCACAUAACGGGUGUAUGUCAAUGUAUGCCCGGUUGGACGGGACAGAGUUGUAAUAUGACCUGUCCGGAUGGUUAUUAUGGUCAAAAUUGUUCACAGGAAUGUCAUUGCCAAAAUGAUAAUGGUUGCCGGAAAAAUGAUGGACUGUGUCUGUGCAAACCCGGUUGGAUGGGAACACGUUGUGAUGAAGUCUGCCCCGAGGGUUUCUAUGGUGAGCACUGCAUGCGUUCGUGCCAAUGUGCUUCACCCAAUUUCGUAUGCCAAGCCACUGAUGGCUGUGUAUGCCGCAAAGGAUUUACCGGACCCAAUUGUGAUUUAACCAAAGCUGAACAACAUAUUCAGGAAGCUGAACGUGAUACAGGUCGUGCCGGUCUAGCAUGGGGUUUAUCACUGGCAAUAUUGUUUGUUGCCAUCAUAAUUGCUGUCAUUUUCUAUUAUCGUCGAAGAGUGUCAAAUUUGAAAACCGAGAUUGCUCACGUUCAAUAUAUCAGUGAUCCCACACAAGGUUGGCCAGAUCGUCAUAAUUUCGACAAUCCCGUCUAUGGAAUGCAGGCCAAUAAUUCGGAGACACGGCUACUGAAUAAUCUUAGACCGAAAAUUAAUAAUCUCAAUUGUGGUGGUGAUAUGUAUGCCGAUGAUUCCAAUACCAGUAGUAGAGCUGGUACUUAUUCGAUUAAUUACAAUCAUGAUAUGUUUGCGAAGAAUUUCAAUGCCGAUUUGACCAAUCCCACAGUUUACAAUUCAUUGGAGGGUUUAAAGGAGGAACAUGUCUAUGAUGAAAUUAAACAAAAAGAGGGAUACAAGGAUCCGGAUGAAUACGACCAUUUGGAUUAUUCGAGACCUAGCACAUCACAAAAACCCCAUUAUCAUCGCAUGAACGAUACCAUGUUGAACAUAAAUCGUGAUGAGGAAAAGCCGAGCAAUUUAAAAACCAUGGAAGUGCUCCUAAAGAAAUGUCUACCACCCGGUGUGGCGCCCGAAGGUGAUGACACAGAAAAUGAGGAUAACAAUGCUGUGUGUAGCGCCAGUAUAGCCGAUGAUAAUGAUAAUGCAUCGACGGCAACACCAUCAACCAGCUCCGAACAUAUAAAAUAA